AUGGAGGGAUGGGCAUAUAUUUAACAUGUCAUAACCAUAUUAAUGUUGCUUACCUCAGGUAGUGGCCCUAGCAGACCUUCCCUAGAGGCUGAGCUCAGGGAGCUGUUGGGGAAGAGAAUCAUGAUACUAGAUGGAGGGAUGGGCACCAUGAUCCAGGAGAGGCGAUUGGAGGAGGAACACUUCAGGGGGGAGGAGUUUAAAGACCACACCCACAGCCUGAAGGGCAACAACGACCUGCUGAGCAUCACACAGAGUGACGUCAUCUACAAUAUACACAAGGAAUACCUGCUGGCCGGGGCAGACAUCAUUGAGACCAACACUUUCAGUAGCACCUGUAUCGCCCAGGCAGACUACGGACUGGGACACUUGGCUUAUCGUAUGAACAAGGUGUCAGCAGAAAUAGCCAGGAAAGCAGCAGAUGACAUCACCAACCAGACAGGUUGUCAGAGAUACGUGGCGGGCGCCGUGGGCCCCACCAAUAAAACCCUGUCUGUGUCUCCCUCAGUGGAAAGACCAGACUUCAGGAACGUCACCUUUGAUGAGCUGGCUGAGGCCUACGCCGAGCAGGUCCGGGGUCUGUUGGAUGGAGGAGCGGAUAUUAUCAUGGUGGAGACCAUCUUUGACACGGCCAACGCCAAGGCAGCACUGUUUGCUAUCGACAAACUGUUUGAAGAGAGCUACGAACCCAGACCUAUAUUUAUAUCAGGCACCAUCGUGGACAGGAGUGGUCGUACUCUCUCAGGACAGACGGGAGAGGCCUUCGUCAUCAGCGUGUCCCAUGCCAAACCCCUCUGUAUUGGUCUUAACUGUGCCUUAGGAGCCACUGAGAUGAGGCCUUUUAUUCAGGCUAUUGGGAAAUGCACCACGGCUCACGUCUUGUGCUACCCCAACGCAGGUCUCCCCAAUACGUUCGGUGGAUACGAUGAGACCCCGGAGUUGACAGCCUCACAUUUAAAGGACUUUGCUACAGAUGGUCUGGUGAAUCUGGUUGGUGGAUGCUGUGGAACGACUCCUGCACACAUCAGGGCCAUUGCUGAGAAAGUGAAGCACUGUCACCCCAGAGUGCCCCCUACUGACGUCUUUCAGGACUACAUGCUACUCGCAGGUCUGGAGCCGUUCAGGAUCGGUCCGUACACUAAUUUCGUCAACAUCGGCGAGCGGUGCAACGUGGCUGGAUCAAGGAAGUUCGCCAAGCUGAUCAUGUCGGGAAACUACGAGGAGGCGUUGAGCAUAGCCAAGACCCAGGUGGAGAUGGGAGCCCAGGUGUUGGACAUCAACAUGGACGAGGGGAUGUUGGAGGGUCCUGCCGCCAUGGCCCGGUUCUGCUGUCUCAUAUCCUCCGAGCCGGACAUCGCCAGGGUACCUCUGUGUAUCGACUCGUCAAACUUCGAGGUGAUCAAGGCGGGGCUGAAGUGUUGUCAGGGGAAGUGUAUCGUGAACAGCAUCAGUCUGAAGGAAGGAGAAGAGGAGUUUCUCCAGAGAGCUACGACUGUCAGACGCUACGGGGCUGCCGUGGUGGUUAUGGCCUUCGACGAGGAGGGUCAGGCUACCGACACAGAGCGCAAGGUCGACAUCUGCAGCAGAGCCUAUCGUCUCCUGGUAACUCAAGUGGGCUUUGACCCCAACGACAUCAUCUUUGACCCCAACAUCCUGACCAUCGGCACGGGCAUGGAGGAACACAGCGAGUACGCCAUCAACUUCAUCAGAGCCACCAGGCUCAUUAAGGAGUUGUUGCCUGGGGCCAGGAUCAGUGGAGGCCUGUCCAACCUGUCCUUCUCCUUCAGAGGCAUGGAGGUCAUCAGAGAGGCCAUGCAUGGAGCCUUCCUCUACCACGCUAUCAAGGACGGUAUGGACAUGGGCAUAGUGAACGCUGGCAGCCUGCCUGUCUAUGAUGAUAUCGACAAGGAGCUCCUGCUCAUGUGUGAGAACCUUAUCUGGAACAAAGACCCGGAGGCCACAGAGAAACUACUGCUGUACGCACAGAGCUGUGCCAAAGGAGGGAAGAAGGUGGUCCAGACGGAUGAGUGGCGAGAGGGAACAGUGGAGGAGAGGCUGGAGUAUGGGCUCAUCAAGGUUAGUAUAGUAUGGGUUCAUCAAGGUUAUAUGGAGAGUAGGUUAGGAGAGAGGUAUGGGCUCCACGUUAAUGUAAGAGAGGCUCCUAUGGGUAGAGGGGUUCAGGUGGUGGGAGAUAUGGGAUCCUCAGGGAGGAAGAUAUAUCCUCAGGUGAUAAAGUCAGCACGUGUGAUGAAGAAGGCUGUCGCCCACCUGAUCCCCUUCAUGGAGAAGGAGAGAGAGGCCAUGCUACUGGCAUCAGGAUCAGUAGAGGAGAUUGACCCCUACCAGGGCACCAUACUGUUGGCCACAGUGAAGGGAGACGUCCACGACAUCGGAAAGAACAUUGUAGGAGUGGUGCUGGGCUGCAACAACUUCAGAGUGAUCGAUCUGGGGGUCAUGGUUCCAUGCGACAGGAUAUUGAGGGAAGCCAUCGACUGCAAAGCAGACAUCAUCGGUCUGUCUGGCCUCAUCACGCCCUCGCUGGAUGAGAUGAUCUAUGUUGCCAAGGAGAUGGAGCGGCUUGGGAUGAAGACCCCACUGCUGAUCGGAGGGGCCACCACCUCCAAGACCCACACGGCAGUAAAGAUCGCUCCCCGUUACAGCUGUCCUGUGGUGCAUGUUCUGGAUGCUUCCAGGAGUGUGGUGGUGUGUUCCCAGCUGCUAGAUGAGAAUGUGAGGGAGGAGUUCUUUGAGGAGACGACAGAGGAGUACGAAGACAUCAGACAGGACCACUACGACUCUCUAAAGGAGAGGCGGUUCCUGUCUCUAGCCCAGGCCAGGGAGAAAGGACUCCAUGUGGAUUGGCUUUCUCAGACCAAACCAGUGUGUCCUCAGUUCCUGGGUACCCGUGUGUUUGAGGGGUAUGACCUGCGGAGGCUGGUGGACUACAUCGACUGGAAGCCUUUCUUUGACGUGUGGCAGCUGAGAGGGAAGUACCCUAACAGAGGGUACCCCAAGAUCUUCAAGGACAAAACCGUGGGUGAGGAGGCUCGGAGGGUGUUUGACGACGCCCAGCGGCUCCUCAACAGACUGAUAGAUAAUAAGGGUCUCUGGGGGCGUGGCCUGGUGGGCUUCUGGCCCGCCCAGAGUGUAGGAGACGACAUCCAGGUGUACGAACAUGACGUCACACCUCGCUCCCCCACGCCCCUCGCCACCUUCUAUGGACUACGCCAACAGGCAGAGAAGGACAGCGCCAGCUCAGACCCCUACUACUGCCUGUCCGACUUCGUGGCCCCGAGGGCCAGCCGUGUGUCUGACUACAUGGGGAUGUUUGCUGUAGCUGUGUUCGGAGCGGAGGAGCUGAGCAAACGGUUUGAGACCCAGGGAGACGACUACAACAGUAUCAUGGUGAAGGCUCUGGCUGACCGCCUGGCUGAGGCGUUUGCCGAGGAGCUCCACGCCAGGGUGCGUAACAGCUGUGGGGCUAACAGCGUGGAGGAGAACCAGACAGAGGACAUGCACAGGAUCCGUUACGAGGGCAUCAGGCCAGCCGCAGGAUACCCCAACCAGCCCGACCACACGGAGAAGACCGCCAUGUGGAAAAUGAUGAUGUCUGAUGUGUUUCCAGGUAUCAAGUUGACUGAGUCUCUGGCCAUGACCCCAGCAGCAGCUGUCUCUGGGCUGUACUUCUCUCACCCUAAAGCCACCUACUUCUCAGUGGGAAAGAUCACCAGAGAACAGGUGGAGGACUAUGCUGGGAGGAAAGAGAUGCCAGUGUCUGAGGUGGAACGCUGGCUGGGGCCAAUCCUGGGCUACGACACUGACUGACAGUGAUACUUCAACCAAUCCUGGGCUACGACACUGACUGACAGUGAUACUUCAACCAAUCCUGGGCUAUGACACUGACUGACAGUGAUACUUCAACCAAUCCUGGGCAACGACACUAAUGCAUCCACAACCACUACCUAGAAAACAGACGCGCUGCUCAAUGGUCAUGUCUAGAUGGGAUACAGCUUUUGUCAAAUUGACGUCAAAAGUUGACAUAUUCUAACCCUUUUCCCAAACUUAACCCAAUUCUCCCUAACCUGCUAUGUUAAUUACCCUAACCUGCUAUGUUAAUUAUCCUAACCUGCUAUGUUAAUUAUCCUAACCUGCUAUGUUAAUUAUCCUAACCUGCUAUGUUAAUUAUCCUAACCUGCUAUGUUAAUU